GUUUUGGUCACAGCUGACAGCAACAAAGUAACAAGUUUGUUCUUGUCUUUAACAGCACAUAUUUUUCACUUUCAUUGCUGCUUUCAACCAAGUUUUUGCACCUUGCCAUUAAGCAACCAGUGACAGAAACCUACUAUAAAUGUCAGAUUUUUUAAAGAUAUCUUGGCAGCUUUGUGGUGCCGAAACCAUAGGUGGACUCAGGCUGUCUGAGGGGCUGGGCGAAAAAAAUAAAAAUAAAAUAAAAAGUGGAAAGAAAGCUUUCUCUCCAUCUUGUUUUCUCCGCUGGAAGGGAGCUGCAGAGGGCACAUCAUUAUGCUUUAUUGACUGGAAGUUCACCCUAAGUCAGAGUACUUGCUUUUGACUACUCAUUAGUUGCACAAUGGCUGUUUCCUGUCUGCUGAGUCUGUUUGUAGGGGGGCAGUAUGGUGAUGUAACAGGGUCAGGGGUCAGUAAUCACAUGGCAUAAAGUUUUAAACACAAGCAGAUAGAUCAAGUCUGCAGUUACCUACAUCAGUUGAUAUUUCAAAACCUUUCAAACUUUUGGAGCCUUAAUACUUUCUGAAUCAGACAUUCUACUUCGUAUGAACGGUUAUGUUAAAAAAGGCUAGUACCAUUGGAUAUUAUAAUCAGUGAAAUCAUAUUUAGAUUUUUUUCCCUCACUUUAAUCAGAAAUAAUGAGUCAGUCUCUCAAAAUAAUAUCUUGAUAUCAGUGGUGGAAUGUAACUAAGUGCAUUUACUCAAGUAAUUUAAUUUUGAGGUACUUGUACUUCACUUGAGUAUUUCUAUGUUAUGUAACUUUAUACCUCUACUUCACUACAUUUUGGGCCAAAUAUUGUACUUUUUACUCCACUACAUUUAGCUGACAGCUUAAGUUACUAGUUACUUUUUCAAGAUUUAACAUGAAAAAAAAAAAGAUAAAUUUAAAGUUUAUUUAAGUUAAAGUUUAAUUAGACAUUUGUUUUUAAAUUAUACCUCAUAACAUAUAUAAGUAGUUAAAAUAAGCCCCAUAUUUACAAAAUUAAAAUGCUGCUUACAUAAAUGCAUCAAUAAAAAUAAUCCAAUAAUAUAUUUGGAAUAUAUAUAUAUAACAAUGUGAGUGUGGCCAUUCUGCAUAACAAGUACUUUUAAUUCUGAUACUUUUUGAUGCUAAUACUUUUGUACUUAAGUAAGUUUUGAAUGCAGGACGUUUACUUGUAGUGAGAGUAAUUUCACAGUGUGGUAUAGUACUUUUUUACUUAAGUAAGAUAUCUGAAUCCCCCCUCCCCUCAUUUACAAAUGAGGUAGCAUCUUAAAAAAAUAACAAACUUUCACAAAAACACUAAUUUUGAAAGAAGUUUAUCGUUAUUUUAAGAUUCCAGCUCAUUAUUUCGAGACAGUUCCUCAUUAUAAUUAUUAUUAUUAUAACUUAUAGGAUGAGUUUUUUCUUUUACUGGUGGACUCUUACUGGUACCCUGCCGUGCGUCUUUACGCGUGGUUGUUCCUUUAAGAAACUGAAUUUGAGCCGCUCCGCACUGACGUAAGGGAAUUGGAGAGGUUGGUGUACCCCGCAGGAAGAGCCAGAUAAACCGUGAUGAGGACCAGAAAGGGGGAACAGAUUUUUGUAGCAUUUCUCUUUUCUCUCAGUCAUUUAGUGAACUGUUCUCUCUCUACUGUACAUACAUCCGGAUCAGUUGGGAUCUUGUAAAGUUCUCCAUGCCAAAAUAACGGUACCGGCUCAGACCUCCGCCCUUUUUGUAUUGUAGGGAGGUUUUAUAGAUUGCAUAUCUCAUUUUGUUCGCACAGUGUGAGGCGAGGUGUUUCUUCGGUCUACAAGAGAAAGUCCUCAGGACAUACGCGGAUGAACUAGGAUGACACCGGAUAUUUUCUGCGGCAGACAUUCUUGACUCUGCAUCACUGUUGGUUUUUUCAGCAAAAAAAAUGCAUCAUAACCAGGAGGAGCAGCCGGCAAAUCCAAUUACUGCGCAGCACGGGACAGGGCACCGCAGUGACUCCAACAGCCUGGGGAGCAGCUUGGACGGCGGCCCCGCUGACCUGCAGCCACCUGCUUACUGCAAACUGGAGUUCAGGAGACAUGCAGUGACAGAUGACUAUAAAAUCACAGCCCAGGUUCUUGGCCUGGGAAUCAACGGCAAAGUGCUGGAAUGUUAUUGCAAGAAAACGGGAGAAAAAUGCGCCCUCAAGAUCCUGUACGACACUCCUAAAGCCAGACGGGAGGUCGAGCUGCACUGGCGAGUUUCAGGAGGUCCCCACAUCGUCCGAAUACUCAGCCUGUAUGAGAACAUGCACCAGGGGAAGAAAUGUCUCCUCAUCAUAAUGGAGUGCAUGGAGGGAGGGGAGCUGUUCAGCCGCAUUCAGGCCAGAGGGGACCAGGCCUUCACAGAGAGAGAGGCGUCAGAGAUCAUGCAUGACAUCGGCACGGCCAUAGAGUACCUCCACCACAUGGACAUUGCUCACAGGGAUGUAAAGCCUGAAAACCUGCUUUAUACCACCAAGGAGAGUAACGCCACACUGACACUGACUGACUUUGGCUUUGCUAAAGAGACGAUACUGCACAACUCCCUCCAAACUCCCUGUUACACUCCAUAUUAUGUUGCCCCAGAAGUGCUUGGGCCAGAGAAAUAUGACAAAUCAUGUGACAUGUGGUCUCUAGGGGUAAUAAUGUACAUUCUUCUGUGUGGGUUUCCUCCGUUCUACUCAAACACAGGUCAGGCCAUCUCUCCUGGCAUGAAGCAGAGGAUCAGGUUGGGCCAGUAUGAGUUCCCCAACCCAGAGUGGGCUGACGUUUCUGAAGAAGCCAAACAGCUCAUCAUUCAGCUGCUGAAGACAGACCCUAAUGAGAGGAUGACCAUCGGACAGUUCAUGAACUAUCCUUGGAUCAGCCAGUCAAUGGUCGUCCCUCCGACUCCCCUCCACACCUCUCGUGUCUUGACAGAGGACAAGGAGCUGUGGGACGAUGUGAAGGAGGAAAUGACCAGUGCCUUGGCCACCAUGCGUGUCGACUACGACCAGGUGAAGAUCAAAGACCUGGACACGUCCAACAACCCUCUGCUCAAUAAGAGACGGAAGAGGCCCGUGCCUGGAGGAGCUGACAGCGGAGGAGAUGGUCCUGGGGGAGACGGAGGAGUGGUGUGUAACAGCAACAGAGAAGUUUCGUUUUCUGAAGAGCACGGGGAAAUGAUUAUUGGACAGAAGUAGCAUAAAACCACAAGAGCCAAACUGAGCUGUUUCCACAUCUACAUAUCACUUAUCUCGUCUUUUUUCGUAUCACUGCACUCAAUAGUCUAAUUCAUGUCAUUUAUUUUCAUUUGUACCACUCUAUCAUUCGAAAUAAAGUUGUUUUUUAUGUUUUACAGCUUUGUUGUAUUGUCGGAAACAUUAGCUGAUGCAGUUUGUUUGACAUUGAGACAGUUUUUGUUGCUGUCUGGUGAAAAUGGAGCACAGAGAUUUCGUGGCAGUGUGAGAAAUGUGUUCACUUUGCCGCAAACAAAGAAAGACUGUAUGUGGAAGUCAUAAAAUAUAUUUAUUAGGCAAGUUUACAUUCAACUCAUAAGUCCUCUAGGGG